AUGGUUUAUCGUAUCUGGCUGGAGAGAAACAACAGAAUCUUCAAGAAUCAGGUCUCCAAUUGCGAGGGUGUUCUUCGACAAAUCAUUCAGGACACCAAGAAUAGGUUCUUGGGCUCAGACCAUUCCGUUCCUGAUUUCGGCGUCACCCGAAACUUCUUCCACAGAUGGAGGAUUAAAGUGAUUUACAUGAUGCAGCGGCCCACUUUCCAUUCCUGGCUUCGUCCCCCUUCCAAUUGCUUAGCCAUUAACUGCGAUGGAUCAGUGAAGGAUGGUCGUGGUGGCUAUGGUGCCAUAGCUCGCGAGUGUAGUGGAAGAGUUCUUUUCGCAGUCGCCGAGGGGUCCAGGAUUACCAACAUCUUGCGUAUGGAGCUUGAAGCUAUUCGUUGUGAUCUUUGCAGAGCUUCCUCUACUGGCUACACUAGAGUCCAUGUUCGUUCCGACUCCAUCUGCGCCAUUCAAAUGAUUAAUGGUGCCUUCCAUACCCCUUGGCACUGCAUGGAUCUCGUGGAUGAUAUUUUGAACCUUAAGGAGGAGUUUUCCUGUUGCACCUUUCUGCAUGUCAUGAGAGAAACGAACUUCUGUGCGGAUUUCUUGGCUAGCUUCUCGCGUAGUGAUCAUGAAAUUCCCUUUAGCCCCACGUGCCUUCCUCCGUCUCUUUCCCACCUUGUUAGGGAGGACGCUAGAGGAAGAAGGAUCACCCCAGGAAACGGAACUCCGAGGAGUCAAAGAAGGAAUUGA